GAGAGACAGUCCGACCCAGGGAGAGGGAGAGAGAGUGAGACUCUGACCCAGGAAAAGAGGUGGAAGGGGGAGGUUUACCCAGCCUAGAGGAGCAGAAAAGGGGCCGUACAAACUAAAUGUGUGCCUCACACAGACACAGACCACCGUAGUACAGGUGGAAGAUGUGAACACUCUAUGGACUCAGAGAAUAGUCUCUCAUACCAGCCUUUCGCUCAUGAAUCCUUCAUCAGAAACGUCCUCCACAUAUCUCCUUAACAGAGAAUGAGAGCUAGUCGCUUGGAGACUGAUAUAUUACCAGCAGUAAGAGUUGACAUAUCACCCAGACUGGAUAAACAACUUCCCUUCUCAUAGACAUCGUAAUCUCAACUGAAACAAGCAAAAUAAACCAGCUGACAGCUUGAAUGGGAGCGGGAUCUGAAGGAGAACUGGGAUUUAGAGCUUAUGACUAUGCAUAGAUAUAAUGUAUGGAUAGAAUGUGUGGACUUAACUAGCUAAGAGUAAGACUAGCUUGACUCCUGCAUGAUCAAAAAUCUGGCUCCAAGUAAGAUAUUCAUCUUUCUGUUUACAGAAGCUUUUGUUGGUAUAGUGUAUCUAUAUACGUAAAGUAUGGUACACGCUAAUGUAUAUUAAAUGUCACACAGGAAGCCAGUUAAGAUAUGAUUGUCUCAGCGAGCAGCGAGUCUCCAAACUGCUCUUCAGAGUGACCUUUCUGGAGUGAAAUGUUGUUUCUGACACAGUCCGAACAGAACAGCAGGAAGCUUUGAAACACGACUACCCCGGUCACCUCCUCCUGGCUCCUACAACACCGUUUAGUUAUGUUUUUUUAAGAUAAAGAGACGCUUGAUUUCUCCACAAUAAAUUAUCUGCCUGGGAGAGAUUGUGAUGCAGCCGACAAGAAUGUUUUGGUGGCUGGCAUGAGGGAGAAUACAAAGGAUUGAAAGAGGGAAAAAGAAAAGCCUGGGUUUUAGCGAAAUAGAGAGCAAGAAAGAACUAGAGAGAAAUAGAAAAUGAAAUGUGAUGGUUUCUCAGCCUCUCUCCUUCAGAGAUUUGCAGCAGAGAUCAUUGUUGUUGUGAAAGCGUCUUGGCGGUGUUCCAUGGGAACUGAUCCAGAGUACUGUAUGUCUGUGGAUCUGUAGAGCACCCGGGCCUGGAUCACUCUCCUGGGAGGUCCCUGCAUGUCUUACUGGUAGGUCCUGAGUAAACCGCUGCAGUGUCAGAGUCAGGCCCAGAGGAGGACGAGUGUACAUCUCCAUCAGCCCCCACCAUGCUUGACUAAAGGACUAAACUACUCCCUCCCCAGCAGUCACAGAUCAUUCGCUUUAAGACAUAACCUCAGGAAGGACAACUGCAGAAAGUCAAGGAGAGAUUGUUUUCCGGCAGCAGGAGAAGCCAACGCAAACCGCAAAGCUUCUCUUCGUCUCCAUUUAUGAUAAAACAUUUUGCUCUGCUUUCAUCUGAGAGAGGUCUCUCUGAGUUGUCCCUGAAAGCUGCCCAAACUGCGAGACUGAAACGGACAGAAAGGAGCAGAGACUGCAACUGAGACAAAACCAGAGGCGAUCCAGAGCUCCCCGGCAGAGUGAGCGACACAUCUCCCCCCUGAUCGAGGCACUGCACUGGGUAUAGAGAUGGAGAGGGGUCAUAUGUCCAUGAGGAGGGGUGUCAGCUUGAGCCCAGCAGGGGUGAGGAAGCCAAUUCAGGGCGGAGACACGGAAACCCUUAACAGACAGAAUGAUUCCUCUUGGGAGAGGAGGGACUACAGAGGGGUCAAAGGACAGGUAACCUCAGCCUCAACCAAUCAACUGGGUCGGAAAACCAACCUGACUCGUAGUGCCAGCCUAUCAGAGAAGGAGUUGAAGGAGGCGAGGGUGAGGUCACACAUCAUUGCGACUCAGCUGACCGUCCCAUCGUCCGGUUCCAACUCACGCGGCGUCCAGCUCUUCAACCGCCGCAAACAGCGGGUCAACGCCUUCACGCUCGAGAGCUGUGGGGAGCAACCAAAGGAGGAGGAGGCCAGCCCUGUGGAGAACGACAGAGAGAAGACAGAGGACGGAGACGCCAGGAACAACAACCUGAUAUGGAGAGAAGAGAGGGGAGGGGCCAGUGAGACGGACAGAGAGCUGAACUCUAAAAACAACUGCAGGACUAAACCACCAACCUGGUUGUUUACUUCUGGAGGCCGAACAGAAAGUGAGGUCACAGUUGGGGACAUCAUGGAGGAUCCCAGUAACGAGCACAUCUACGAGGAAGUGGAUGUGAUAGAGGAGAGACAUUUCCAGCCCGUGAAUGUGAGAGAAGAGGAGGAGAGGGAGAGGGAGAGGGAAAGAGAGGUGGUAUAUGAUGAUGUAGAAGGCGAAGUGAAGGAUGAGAUUAUCCCAGUAAUAGACAACAACACCUGUGCGGUCAGAAAGGAAGCGGGGGCAAAUGCGGGGUCAUACAAUGAGCCCGCAGCUCCCCCUGUGACCCGCAAUGGCUUCCACAGCACCCAGACUGCGUGUCAAGAGAUCCAAAAUGGCGAGCGAGUUUCUGUGUCCCUGUCCGGACAGACCCCCGCCAUUCUCAACCGAACAGCCAGACCCUUCUUUUCUCCACCCAAUGUCCAGACCACAGCCCCAGGGAGUAACAGCAUUCCCCCAGCCCCCUCCUACCCCACUCCCACAUUUCCUCCUGCUUCUUCCUACUCUACCCCCUCUUGCCAAGCUUUCAACACUGCCUCUCGUCCUGUCACCUUCUCCUCUCCUCCCCCUCCUCCCUCAUACCCCAUGCCUCCUCUCCCAGGCUUCCCUGGCAAUCCUCCUUCCCAGGCUCUCUCCUGUCCCAACCCCAUGUCUCCUGUCACGUCUCCUCAGGCCUACCUCGUACCCCAGUACAGUCCUGCCCCUCCAGUUACCCUGGGGUCCCAGUACCUACACCCCAACCCAACAGUCUCCCAACACGUCCCCCCUCCAACCUACCCCAGACCCAACACCUUCAUUCCCUACACCCCUCAGUCAAUUGGCCAACAGCAGCAGCCAAUCAAGACUGGCAUCCUGGAGGAAGGGGCAGCAGCCAUCAGGCGGUCGUCGACAGCAAGAAAGUCCAUGUUCACCUUCAAAGAGAAACCCGUCAUAGCACCUAACCCUGAGCUGCUUUCCCUUGUCCAGGGGAAUGACGAGAGAAAGAAACACGGCCCCCACUCCGUCGCUGAUCAGGCCCCAGAGGAAGAACUCUUGGCUCUCGGGGCAGAGGCCUCAAACUUCCUAGCCAAGGAGGAGGUUAGGGCAGAGGCCGCCAAAGUGCCGGAGUGGUCCUCCUGCCUCAAGAGCUCCAGGACCAGGGAACCUAGAGGCCAGCACCAGCCAGAGCAGACACUGACAAACGCAUCCGGCAAGGGGGCCGAGCUGUUCGCCAAGCGCCAGUCUCGCAUGGAAAAGUACGUAGUGGAGAAUUCCUCUGGCGCUGGCCAGAUGAGGCCCCUGUCUCCCACAGCGUCUCUGCCUCCAUCAUGGGUCUACCCAUCCAACAUGCCCGGCCGGGUCAAAGCCAUCGCUAACAACGCUGAUCUCAGCGCCCAGCUGGCCCGGCCCUUACAAACUGCUCAACCACUUAAAAGACGCCCCAGCCAGCAGGCUCCAACCCCAGAUCCAGUCCCAGAGGAGCCGCCUCUGGAGAACGGCUGCACCAAGAUAGAGAUGGAUCUCUCCAGGCACCGGCCUUACCAGCUCAACCCCUCCCUGUUCAUCUUCAGCCCUGUGAAGGACCCUACCAGCACUCUGCCACGGGGGGCCCCACCACCACCUAAACCCCUGGUCUCCAGUGACAUGUACUCCAGACAGGCCACCUCAAACCCUUCCUCGCACAACUCCAACAGCCUGCCCCGCUUCAGGACGAGCCAGUCGCCCUCAUCUCAACCCGCACCGCGAGGGGUCGGCGGUGGGGAUUAUUACCCUCCACGCCAAGGGGGCACUGCCGGGCCAAGUGACCCCCGGAUCACCUCGCCCGUCUCCGCCUUCUCUCCGGAGAAAGUGGUCUCUCCAAAGCCAGGCGUCCAGGCACCUCGGCCCACCUUCUCUGCCAAGAGGGCUGGGAUUAAACCGCAGAUGGAGUCCCCUCCAACCAUCGCCUCUUCUCCAGCCAGGACACCCCAGUUCAGCCGUCAUUUCAACAGCCCAGAAGGAAACCCCUCCAGUGUCGUCUGGUCCCCCACCCCUCAGUCAAUAGUAUCCUCUUCCAGGUCCCCUCGCCCAGCCGCCGCCGCGACCAACACCGCAGCCACCUCCUCUGUCGCCCCGGCUUGGGAGACACGGUGCCAGUCCCCAGGUGUCGUCAACCAGACCACCAAGCCCUUCUCCACAGCUUCUUUACCCAGAACAAGGUCAUCCUCUACUGUCACCUCACCUAUAUCUCCCUAUGGCUCCCGGUGCCAGUCCCCCAGUCCCAACCAGACCACCAAGCCCUUCUCUGCCACCGCCAUGUCUUCCACCGCCAGACCCUCGCACCCAGGCUCCGUCAAUUCACCCCUCUCCCCUUCUCCCCUGUCCCCUCCCUGGGGUUCCAGAUGCCAGUCCCCCAUUGUCAGCCCCGGCACAGGCGAUUCUAAGGCCAACCACCGCCUAUUGGCCAAGAACAUCAUCAAUGCGGCCAAACGUAAAAACAGCCCGUCCCCUGGCGCCCUGAGUGGGCACAACACUCCCAUCUCCCCGGUCGGCGGCAGCUCGGCUGCACAGCAACAGCGGAGCUCUAAGCCCCCUUUCAGCCCCUUCCAGUCCAGGGCCCUGGGAUGCCGGUCUCCCCCCUUCGCCAGCCCCCCUGCCACUCCGACGGGGAUGAUCCGUUCUCCGGUGAGGCUCUACAACACCAGGUCCCUCACGGACUCAGACGCAUCGGUGGAGUCUGAGGACUCUGGCCUGAGGUCGCCUGGCCUCCAUCGUUCCCAUAACACCUGCCCCCGGGGCUGGGGCGGCAGUUUGCGGGUGAAGAGGGGCAGUGUCGGCGCCGACCUGUAGGGGCCACAUGGCCAGUUAUUUAACGCACCGCGAGAGCUCAAGGUGCAGGGGACACCUCAGAGACAAUCCACAGAGGCCUUUGGAAGAGACUGGAUUUGGGUGUGUUUGUUGCUUUUCAGCAUCCACACAGGAAGAAAUAGUGAUGUUGACCACAAAGAACAGACACAGCUGCCCUUACUGAGCAGCCAGGAUACUAGUAGGGGCAACUUGAUUGCUGAUUGAUGAUUCUAGUCAGCUAAUAUCCACUGAUUUAGCUGCUGACUGUAGAAGAAGAAUCCACUGAUUUGGCUAUUUGGCUAUAGAAAGGAAAUCUAUUGAUCUUGCUGUCUGGUUAUUAAAUGAUAAUCCUUUGAUUUGGCCUUCUGGCUUCAGAACGAUCAGGGAACAAAAACAUCUGAGAUAACUCAGAAGUAGGAUUACUAAGAGUGUAAAAUACUUCAUAAAUAUAAAACACCUCAAAAACACAUUGACGGGAUUCUUAAAUCCAAAGCGGCUAUAAAUCCAAGCAGUCUGUACAUUUCUAUAUGGACCAUGUAAUGGACAACAAAAUUCGUAGUUGCAGACAGGUGUUGCUGAAAUGUAAACCUAGCUUACUUGCAUUUGACUACCACCAGCGUUCCAUGAAUAAUCGCAUUAAUACAGUAUUUUGCCUAUGUUUACUCUAAUUUGUACCAAAGAGUCUAUGGGGCAAGAGAAAAAUACCAAAGGUGAUAUCUGGCCUGGUACAGUGUGUUCAAAAACAUACACUUUUCCUCCCAGAUAAUAUUGCACUUGUAGACAGCCUGAUGAGGUGAUGCAGUAUAUAGGCUUUUGCAGUUCUUUUAUAUAUAUGGUACCAGUCAGACGUUUGGAGACUCCUGCUCACUGAAAGGUAUUUCUUUCCAAAAAAAAAAAAAACAACAUCUAUAUUUUAGGGUGUGCCAAGCUGUCAGUGAGGCACAUUAUCUACAAUAUGAAACGUAUUUUGAUCUGUUUAACUUGUUUUUGGUUGCUACUUGGUUCCAUAUGUGUUAUUUCACAGACUUGAUGUCUUCACUAUUAUUCUACAAUGUGGAAAAUUGUAAAACUAAAGAAAUACCGUUGAAUGAGUAGUUACGUUCAAACUUGUGAUUGUUAGUGUAUGUUUUUGUUAAGUUGCUGCCUAUGCAUUGGAGUGAAAAAUAAUUUAGGAGGCAUCCCAAAUUACACUCAUUCCCUAUACAGGCUCUGGUCAAAUGUAGUGCGCUAUAAAGGGAAUCGAAUGCCAUUUCGGGACUCCUUAGUUGAACCCAAACAGACUGACAUGAUGUUUGCAGGUCUGACACAGGUCAAGCUGGGGAUGAUAGGGGGAGGCUGCAUUAGACAUGAAGCCCUCUUACCUACAUAGUGACCUCCUUUUGACCAGAGCCCUCUGUUGCCUGGGCGAGAGUAGUGCGCUAAAGAGUGAACAGGGCGCAGUUGACUGGGUGGCGAUGGAUCAGUUCCAUUACAGUGGUGGAAGUAGCUUUAAGUAGUGUGAAAAUAUAACAUUGUAUCUUACUGGUCUAUACUUCCAUCAAGAACACAUUUUGAAAGUUGACAUGGUAGAUUGUAAAAACAAAGACUUUGCUCCGCAGUGGAUGAGCUCUGCGUGGGUAGGUGGACUGGUUCCCACUCAGGCUGUGUGUGACCCUACGCUACUCGGAGCGCCAAGUCAAGCUGGUCCUUUCAUUCUAAGUGAUAUGCUACCAGGACAUGGGGGGGGAAAAGCCACAGUGUAACGCCUUCAUUCCAUAAUCUCACUAUGCAAAUGACCUAUAGGAAGUUUGAUGUUAAUGGUAUUGGCAGCAAUACUGAGGACCAGAAUAUACAUUACAAUGUAUGCAAUGCAGCACAUCCUUGAAAAUAACAAUUAAGGGGAAAAAAAUGCUUGUUAUGCUGUCUUUACUUAUCGCAGUGCAAUAAUGCCUAUAUAGGUGCUGUAUCCCAGUUUGAUUAUCCUGCUGCAGGAGUUGAAAUGGCAACAUACAGAUACUAAACCUGUAUCAUCUCUAUGUAUAUAACAUGACGGUUUGUUGUUGAACAGCUUUGUUUUAAAUGAAUGUACUGAUUGGCAAGUAGAGGAAGGAGACAGCAAUGGACAGUGUUGACUUCAUAGAAAGUGUGUGUAGGUUUACAGAAUACGUUAACCAGUGGGACACAGUGUUACCGUUUCUAACAAUGUUGCGCCUACUUGCUAAAAAAUGACAAGAAAUACACCAUUCGUGUUGUGGCCACUAUAGUUUAAACAACUUUUUUUUACCAUAACAAUGAUGAUCAGAUGUAGCCAAUAGGGAAGAGCAGUGAAACGGCAAUUCCUCAAGAUGGUUGAGUGAACGUUGCAGUCAGACGUUAGGUUGGGAUCGAUGUUGGGACCGGAGGGCAGGAGUUAGUUUGUUUAAUGACUGUCAGUAGAAAGAAAGACCUGUAUUCAACAGAAGAUACUCUAAAUUUACAUUUGCUUAAGAUCUUCUAUUUUAUUUAAUUUUUUCAAGUUUUGAAAAACUUUGCACUUCUAUUAAUUCCAUUCCUAUUGCACACAGUAUUGCCUUACUGAUCGGCUGAAACAGGUGCCGUUCAUGCAACAAAACCACACUUCUGUCCAUAUUCUACCGAGCAACAGACACUAAUCACAACACACUAUAUCGUCUCCUUAUGUUACAGGGUAAAAGCAAUUAUCAGUAAACAUAACCGUUGCACUUCAAACCCUCUGCAGGUAUUGUAUUUCAAGACACCCAGGCCGCCUCGUUGCCAUUCCAUCCUUCUCUCGGCCCGUGGCAGAUUUCAUGGAGGAUCGCACACGAACGCGAUCAGAGUUCAUGCAGGGUUCUAGCCUAUCUAUCUCGGGUUCCUUGAUACAUACUAUGUUCAACCAAAACACAUCCUGUUGAAACUGGGAUAUGUAGUGCAAUGACCAAGCUGCCUCAGAGCCGUGACAGAGUUGCGUCGUAAUUUUUUGUUGCUAAAUGUUUUGGCACGUUUUGCCCUAUUGAAUGCGUUCCCAGGGUUUACAGCGGUAGCAGUGGUUUGGACCCUGAUUGGUCUGUUGCGCUCCUUUGACAGACAGGGACAGCAGGUGUUCUGGUGACUUGGCAUCUUAGGUUAGCAAGAAAUGACCUUCUGACUGUCAAGUCAAUGUCUUCCUUAUUUACCAGGAAACAGAUUUAGCUAGAUUGGUUUCUACAAAUGACAGUUUGUCAGAACAUUCACAACAUUAAAAGGCUAAAUGUAAACAAAGUUUUAAAGAUAAUAAAUAUAACUAACAAACAAUGAUUUGGUGUGAUGUGCAACAACUGGGUUUAGCAUCAUCAACAAUAUCUCAUCAUAUACCGUGCCUUCAUUCUGUAAUAUUUAAAUAACUGAAAAAUAAAAUUUAUGACACUAA